AUGAUCAAACAGUUGAGUAUUAAACAUUAAUCCUAUUUCAAUAGAGAAAGACAUUCAAGGAUUACCAAACAUGGAUUAUGAAGACAACUCAAUCAAUCUAUAUAAUUACAUUCUAAAUCGUAAAUAAGAGUAUCCACAAUUAUCUAAUACUAUAACACGUCCUUUAAAUAAGAGAACUAGAACUUUUUCAUUUGAUCUAUAAAAACCUUCCCCAUUUGAUAUAUAAAAGAAACAAUUACGUUUUGGAAGUCGUUAAGGAACAAGACUACGCAUUAAAAAAGAACAAUAAAUUAGAAGAAGAAGUUGUUAUUGUACUAAUUGUGGAUAUGAUAAUACUAAAAUUAUUCAUCUCAUGUAUAAAGGUGCCAUUUGUCAUCAUUAAUUAGAAUAUGCAAAUCAAUAAAAUAAAAAAAAACAGUUUAUACAAGAAGCUAUUCUUUUCUGUAAAUAUUUCAAUAUAUUUUAAGCAAACAAACUAACUAAAAAAUUGAAUCUAUUGAAAACUAGAUUCUCUAUUAAUAAUACAUAUAUUAAAAAACGUUGUAAUUCUUGUGAUACACAUAUACCUUAUGAAUAACUUAUAAAAGCAAAAUAAAUUCAUUAAUAACUACUUUAAAGAAAAGACACUCAUACUAAAACUUAAUUAAGACAUACUUUCUUAGUUAAAAGACAAUAAACAAUUAAUGAUAAACUUCUUCUCAUUCCUAUUAAAACUCUCAAAACUGUAUAAGAUACAUAAAUACCUAUAAAAUCAUUACCUACUCAACCAACUAAUUCACCUUUAAAAGCACCUAAGAAAAAAUAACUCAACAAAACAUUUGUUCCUGUUACUCGUUCAAUACUUCCUUAGCUUACUCCAACAUCCCAAUUUACUCUUUCUAGUAAUAAAUCUAUCGAUUUUUAAUUAAAAUAUUAAUUAAAUCAAUCUAUUAAAAAAUUAUAAAAAUCAGCUUUUGUAUCAAAAAAGAAUUCACUUUCUAAUAUAACUAAUCCUUAUCGUAAUAUUUCAUAAUUAGAUUAUUUAUUGAAGGUAAGAAGAAGAUAGAUUAAUAAUUAUUGA